AAUGUCAUUCACUUGUUGAAUGUUGAUUGUUCUAGGAUAUCAUCGUGUCGUGUAAACUUGCAGUGGAUUUUUAUUCCAAUUCGUUAAGAAUCCAGGAAAACAGUUCUAUCUAUUCCGAGUGUAAUGUAAAAUACUGGUGUUAAGAUCUGGCAUCUACAGGUUGCCGUGAAUGAAGACUUCGUACCCUACUGUAAGUAUUUAAGUCAGGAUGAACUACAACAGCAACCCAGAGUCACCUGCAGACAGACCAGCCAAGGUCCUCAGGCUUGAUAAAGGAUAUAUUAAAACUAUACCUGGUAUAUUGAAACUAGUGCAGCUGGCCUGCAACUUUAUAGGUUUCAUUUGCAUCAAGAUAUCGUGGACAUGGGUGUCGGCAAUCUUUUACAACAUCCUGUACUGGGUGGCCAACAUCAUCACAGCGCUGAUACUCUUCAUGUACACAUUCCAUGUCAUUGAGAAGUAUGAUAGACUGCCGUGGCUGAAGCUUGAGUUCUUCUACUGUGUCAUAGUAUGUUUGACAUACAUUGGCUGCUCAAUAUUUGCCACUACCAUUGGUGAGAGUGUGGGUUAUGCAGUUGGGUUCUUCGGUCUCUGCGCAAUCAUAGCGUAUGGUUUCGACGGCUUCUUGAAGUACAAGGCGUGGAAGAGAGGGCUCCCACCGCAGUAAACACGUGAGACUCGAUGAGACCUACCUCUAGUUAUUCACAUCGCGUGUAACGGCGCCGUCAUUGACACUGCAUUAUUUUUGACUAAAUGGAAUUGAGGGGAAAACAGCACAUUCGUCUGGAUUCGUUGUUUUCCCUACAACAAUUUGUUGGUAGUAAUUUAGUGCUAGCCUAAAGCAGAUGCUAGAUGUGUGUUUUCGCUUAGCGUAAUAUAUCGGCGAGCAAGAGAGCAGGGUAAUACGUCGGCGCCAUGCAGUUUUAUUUUGUGUAUGUUGCGUUUAAGAGUAAGUGUGAAAUUUGUUUUAGUAUUUCACUUAUAGUUAAGUAAAAAUUAAUCUAUUUUGAAACCUGAUAAUCAUGUUUGACAUUGUAUCUGUGUUCAUAAGAUGCUGACAUGUGCAUGUGCCUUGAUAUAUCUGAUGUGCCUUUUAUUAUAUUUAAUUAUACAAAGUCAAGAAAACGUUUAUAUAUUUUAUCUAUGUCUUCUGUAAUAUUUAGGUAAUCUAAAAUAUAUUAACAUUUUCUAUAAAAAUAUACCUUUUUAUAUAAUUAUACAUUCAUUAUAUUUGAUAAGGAAACUAUUGAUCCCAAUUCCAACUUUCUUAACCAUUCAAUAAUUACUGGUUAGUAACCACACAGUACAAAGGUUUUCAAUUUGCAAUUUACGGAACGAAACAUUGUGGAUAAACCAAAUAUUAUAAUCUAGGAAAUACCAUAUUAAUGAACAAACAGUUAUGUAUUUUUUCAUACGUUCUCAUAAAUAAACUAUUUGUAACUAUAUUCAUGUUAACAAAACAAAAUGAUUUAAUAUAACAUGGAAUUUAAAAAAAUAACUUUGUUACGAGCCUUUCAAAUAUAAAUUGUAUGUCUAACAUAAAUACAGCUGUACACACAUUAACUUGCUGUGUUGAAAUGCACAAUAAAUACCUUCUGUUAAACAUUUACUAUAAAUAUUUAUAUAUAGUAUAUUUAUACUUUAUAAAUCUAAAACUAACUCUUUGUUUACCAUGUAUUUUACACAAAAUGACAUUAUUAUUUAUAUAUCUGUCAAUAAGUAUAUAAUUACUUUAAAAUCAUGUUAAACUUUAACCCACCAUUAAUUUCGGUAGGUACAUACUGAACAUUGGGUCCAAUAUGUUUUUGGGCAUUUUGUUUCUGUAGAUUUAAGUUUAAUUAGUAUUUUGUGAUCUAUUUCUACUUACUGUUAUAUCUCUUUCUUGGUUUUACUUUUUUUUGUUUGAAUAUAUUUUUUGAUUUCGAUAUCAGACGAAAGUAAGAAACACAACAUGUAAAUCAUUAAUUUGAAGUCAAGUACGUUAUAACAAUUAUUAUUAAUUAAGAGAAUGCCUUAACGACCAAAGGUUUUUCUGUACCUGUUUAGCAAUAACACAAAUAUUUAGAGGAUCGAACACAACCUAUCUCAUACACAGUUUUAUAUAUCAAGCUGUCAGAUGUUCUAGUGUCUAUAAAUUAAAUGUGUGACUUUAUCGGCUAAGCUGUACUGUUCACUUAAGGGUUAAAAUCGUGUGGACUUUUUAUACGACUGUUGUAGAAACCACGCCCCAAAUGUUAAAUCCAUAACUUUUCAACAGUUUCUUUUGUAUUUCUUGAAAGUUUGGGUUAAACAAAAUUUGGGCAAAGCAUUUUCUAUGAAAGUUUACAAACUCACUUGGUAAUAUUAUAUUUUUAAAGAUCGUAUGUCGACAUCGCCAUCAUUAUUUUUAAUACUGCUCAGCCCAUUUAUUGUCUGUGUAAUUUUGUCGAUUGUAUAACCAUGCUGCCUUAAUAAGAAUAGUGUAAGUCUUAUCUUAACCUCAUUUAAGUAUUUUUAAUAGCUUUAUAAUUUUUGUAUUAAUUUAAUUACACCAGUUAUUGUAAGACUUUGUAAGAAUUUAUUAAUUAUACAAAUUGUUACUUAAUGUUUAAACAUUUUAUAUGUUUUGUUUUGAACUUUUCAACUCUUGAAGUAAUAUAAUGGGUGCAAAUAGUUAUAGCCAUUCCCAUUUAAACUUGAAUGGAAAGUAAUGAAAAAUUAAAGACAUAGAUUCGUUGUAAUAUGAACAAAACAUACCUAUGUGUACUGGACAGCUUUGAAAAAAAGUUAUGGUAUGAGCUAAGCCGGUGGAAAAGGGCUUUGUAGUCAUUGUGUACGUCAACAAAGGAAUUUAUUAAAAUGAGAAUCGAAAGAUACGAAAAUAGAUCUUAGCACAUUUUUUUCAAUAGCUAUUUGAUAAGAUUGUUACGCAACCAUAAUCGCAUAUUUUAUGAUGUUUAUUGAUGUACCGUUAACAAAUAAAACAACUGAACACA